CGCGCCGCUGCGAUCGGACCCCGAAGCCGAGAGACCGGAACAAGAGAACUAACCCCGCGGGCAAUGGCAAAGUUUGAGCUAGAAACGCAACCCCCGAGCACCGAGCUUCUCGAGCUGGCCCGGGACGAGUUGCGCGAAACGCCGGAAGUGCGAGCCGCGGCCGUCGAGGAGCUGCGUAAGCUGUUGGCCGCCGCGACCGAUCUCAACUUUCCGGACGACGAGGAGUUUCUGGUUAUCUUCCUGCGCCCGACCAAGUUCUACCCGGAGAGCGCCCUGAAGCUGAUGCGCAGUAUUGCCGAGUUCAACAAAACGUACAAGGAUACCCUGUUCAACCUGAUGCCGGCCGAUGUCCAGAACGUGUUCAUCGAGCACAACCUCGUCAACGUUCUGACCAACCGGGACCAGAAGGGCCGCCGGAUGAUGGUGGUCAACAUGGGCGAACCCUGGGACCCGAAAGUCAUCUCGGAGGAGCAGAUCUUCCGUGUGCUCUACACGAUCCACAAGCUGGCCAUGCUCGAACCGGCCACGCAGAUCAACGGUGUGGUGGUGAUGUACGACUUCAAGGGCAUGGGUAUGCGGCACGUCACCUCGAUGUCUGCCGGGGGCGCUAAACGGCUGCUAACGUUCAUCCAGGAAGCGAGCCCCUUGCGCGUGAAGGCAAUCCAUUUCAUUAACCAACCGAUGAUCUUCAGCAUCGCCUGGAAGCUGUUCAAGCCGUUCGUCAAGGAAAAGCUAAACAAACGGAUGUUCUUCCACGGAGACAAACUGUCCAAGCUGCACGAACACGUUCACAAGGAGUUCCUGCCCUCGAACUACGGUGGCACCCUUCCGGCACUCGACUACAGCGGCAAGGAUUGGUACCCAGUGGCCGAGGAUAAUCUCGAUUUCAUCAAGAAGUGGAAUUCGUGCGGAUUCAAGUAGCCCCUCGGACUCGAAGGAAACAUGAAGAGAGACAAAACAGUGAUUCAGAGAGAGAGCGAGGAAAUGUUUUAAAAUCACUCCUUUGUGCGCUCUGAGUCUUUAUCAACGAAGCGUCGAACGUCAGUCGCUUAUCACAGCAACUCGACUUGCCGUCGCUAUGACCUAGGCCUUAGGCGCCUUUCCAUCACUUUCGUUUUUCUUCGCGUUGCCUCAGGGUCAGUGCAUAUGAUAAAGCGGUACGCGAUCAGUUUGUAAAAAACCCUCGAUUAUUAUGCUGUUUGUAAGAAGAGCGUUCUACGUUUGUUAAGUAUGGUCAAAUGACAAUAAAGAGGAAACACAUUUAUUGUAAGC